UUUGGAAACAGAGGGAGGAUUUUGUGUGUUUUUCUGACCUUUGAUCAGAACAAACAUGGCGUCCGUCAGCAGAGCAGCGAGGCGACUCUUCUUCUUACGGAUCCUCUUCAUCAUCGCUUCUCUCCCAGCAUGCACUGGGCUUCCUGGAGUGUUUGUAAGCAGACCGGUGGCCAGCGUCUUCCUGCAGCGCAGCCGGCGGGCGAACAACUUCCUGUUUGAGGAGCUGCGGCGAGGAGACGUGGAGCGGGAAUGUCGGGAGGAGAAAUGUUCCUACGAGGAGGCGAGAGAGAUCUUCCCUCUGCCACAGCAACUGGAGACCUUCUGGAGGCGGUACACAGCUGUGGACCACUGCCAGCCACCGUCUCCCUGCAAGAACGGAGCGACCUGUACUCGCCAUGCUGACACCUACGCCUGCAAAUGUCCCUCUGGAUUCCACGGACACAACUGCGACAAAGCCCGUGUGACCUCCACUAGCUGCUACUUCAACAACGGAGGAUGUGAACAUUUCUGCAGACGGUUUCCAGAGCCGGUCUGUUUUUGCGCUCCGGGAUACCGUCUGCAUACGGACGGCCGCACCUGCAAGCCCCAAGUUGCUGUGGCCUGUGGAAGACUUCAGACGCACUUUGCCCCAAGGGUUGUUAACGGGCAUAUCUGCCCCAAAGGACAUUGCCCGUGGCAGGCUCUGCUAACUGAACAUGAUGACUUCUCCUGUGGAGCGAUCGUCCUGUCCAGGCGCUGGGUGUUGACGGCGGCUCACUGCGUUUGGGGGAAACCUGCCUCCCUCUUCAACGUCACCGUCGGUGAACACGACCUGGACGUGCCCGAGGGGACUGAGCAGCGGCGUGCCGUGGUUAAAGUGCUGGUCCACCCCGGCUACAACAAGUCGAGCCACGACAGCGACCUGGCCAUGCUGCGGCUGCAGCGGCCCGUCAAACUCGGCCUCUACGUGGUCCCCGUCUGCCUCCCGGCGCGGAACAGCACCUUCAGCCACACGCUGGGGACCGUACGCCACUCCACCGUGUCCGGCUGGGGCCGCCUGGCGCAGUUCGGCUCCACCGCCAGCGUGCUGCAGCGCCUAACGCUGCCUCGCGUCUCGCUGCAGGAGUGCCGCGAGCACACCAGGCUGAACAUCACCAAGAACAUGUUCUGCGCCGGGCUAAAGGCCGGCGGCAGCGACGCCUGCAAGGGAGACAGCGGCGGCCCCAUGGUGACCUACUACAAGAAGACGUGGUUCCUGACGGGCGUGGUGAGCUGGGGCAAGGACUGCGCCAAGGAGAACCUGUACGGCGUCUACGCCAAAGUCAGCCGCUUCGUAGACUGGAUCCAGGACGCCAUGUCCAACAACUGAACGCCACACGGGAAGCUGAACUCUCCUGUUGUCUUCAGAUCGUUUCUAUGUCACAAAAUUUGGGUUUCUUUCAACUGAAAUGUCAAAAUAAAUAACGCUCUUCACGAGUUAAAUAAAUGAUCAGUUACCUCCUAUCAUUGAA